AUGAAUACUUCUAAACCACUUACAUUUGCUCAAUCGUAUAUAUUAGCUUCUAAAGUAAGAAGUAAAUUAACUAAAGAAGCACAAAAUCCAAAUAGUUCAUUAAGAGUUUUAGUAACUCAAGCAAAUAUGCUAGAUAAUUUAAUGGAUCAUAUAAAUUCUGAGACUGAAAAGAGAACUGCUACUUCGAAAGUUCAAUUUCAAUUGCCUAAUAAUAGACCAAGACAACCAUCGUCAUUGAGUGCUAAUAUUAGUGAAUACGAAGUUGAUUCUGAUUCGGAUUCGGAUAGUGAUAGUGAUGAUAGUGAUUACGAAAGUGAUUCCGAUGAUUAUUACUACUCAUCUGAAGAAGAAGAAGAAGAAGAAGAAGAACAAGGACAAGCUACUUUACAACAUGUACAAUCAUACAAACAAUUAAAAUCCUUAGAUUUAUCACUUUCAUCAAUUCGUGAAGAAUCAACUGAAUUACCCGAAUUAUCAAGAAGUUUAUCGGUGACGGAUUCGGAAAGUGAAGAAUCAGAUAAUGAAGAUGAAGCAAUUGAAUGUUUAGAUAUGAAGUUUAAUAAAAAUAAAUCAAGUUUAUCAAUUAAUAACCCAUCUGAUCACCAUCAUCAUAUCAGACAUAAUGCUAUCUAUUCAAUGGAGCAUGUUUUUUAA